ACCAAAUUAAGCUAGUGGCAGCAGGAGGCUGCAGUGGCUGGAAGUUUAAACAGGUUCAGAAAGCAAUUUGAUAAAAUUCAUGAGAAAGGCACCCCAAAACAUUGCAUUGAACCCCAAAGCGCAGGCUGCGGCUCAGGACGAUGCUCCGGGAGGAGCUGCCGGAGGCUGGGAGCUCAGGGUGGGGGUGGCACUGCCCCCCCCGCCAGGCCCUGCUGCACCCCGACCCAGCACAGCUGCUCUCGCCCAAAAUAACCCCUGGUUUAAAAAUUAAUAAGAGAUUGGAGGAGGCCUGAGAGAGAAAUAGCGCGUCCACAGGAGUCACCAGUGGCUAAAGAAAGCACUCGGGCCGCAGACAUGGGUGAAAAAGCAAGAUUGUAUCUUCACGUCCAUUUUCCUGAGCAGACAGGCUGGGGAGGCGCCUGUUACAGAGUUUUUUGUCUGUUAAACCCAACGAAACCAAACCAGCAAACCCCCACUCAGGCCAGCAGCUGCGGCGCUCAGCCGGUGGCGGUCUGUCCCAGCGCGAUUUAACAGCAAAGCUUCCCCCGCCCAGGGUGAGGUCUCGGAAGGCGCCUUGGCAGCCCGAGGCAAACCCCCCCCCCCCCAACCCUUCACGGGAGUGACCGCGGUCCCUCCCGUGGGGGCUGUGGACGCGCAGCACGGCACGCCAUGGAUACGACCGGCCACAGCAUCCUCCUCCUCCAGCAGCUGAACAUGCAGCGGGAGUUUGGCUUUCUGUGUGACUGCACAGUUGCCAUUGGAGAUGUUUACUUCAAAGCCCACAGAGCGGUGCUCGCUGCUUUUUCAAACUAUUUUAAGAUGAUAUUUAUUCAUCAGACGAGCGAAUGCAUAAAGAUUCAGCCUGCAGACAUCCAGCCUGACAUAUUUAGUUACUUGUUGCAUAUCAUGUACACCGGGAAGGGGCCAAAGCAGACCGUCAGCCAGAGCCGACUGGAGGAGGGCAUCCGCUUUCUCCACGCAGACCACCUCUCCCAUAUUGCCAUCGAGAUGAACCAAGUGUUUUCCCCAGAGCCGGUCCAGUCUUCAAACUUGUAUGGUAUCCAGAUCUCCACCGCACACAAACCGGCAAAGGAACGCCUGGGAGCGAAGGAGAGUCUGCCCAAGGCGGGCAGCAGGUCCGCUGCCCAGGGCGAUCACCCGCAGCUGCAGCUCUCUCUGGCCAUCGGCCUGGACGACAGUUCCCUGGACCAGCAGGUCGCUCGCCCCUCCGCUCAGCCUGCUGCUCUCACCAAGCCAGCAGAAGAGCGUCCGAAGCUCUCAGUCUCCAUAAAGCAAGAGAAGUGUGACUCGGAGCCCGUGGUGUCCCGGACCUGCACCCCUCCAUCUCCGGAGGUAGCGAGCCCCAUCUUUGCUAAGGCCAGCCUCAAGGUGCACUUGUGUCACUACUGCGGGGAGCGUUUCGACUCCCGGGGGGGGCUACGGCAGCACUUGCACACCCAUGUCUCGGGCUCGCUGCCGUUUGGCGUGCCGGCCUCCAUCCUGGAGAGCAGCGACCUGGGGGAGGUACAGCCUCUGGCUGAGGACAGGGAGGCUGGGGAUGACCAUCGGCUCGGGGCCUUCCUCCUCAAGGAGGAUGAGCAUCAGCUGGAGCAUCCGAGCUGCAGUGACCUGGAGCCUCUGCAGAUCAGCCAGCUCUCCCUCAUCUCCAAGGACCACGAACCAGUGGAGUUGAACUGUAACUUUUCUUUCUCAAGAAGGAGAAAAAUCAGUUGCACUGUCUGUGGCCGCACAUUUUUCCGGAAGAGCCAGUUGCUCGAACACAUGUACACGCACAGAGGGAAGCAGCACAAAUACAGCCGCUGCCAGCGGCUGGAGAGCCCCGCGACCCCCAGGUUUCGUCCCUACUGUGACAGUGAGAGCAUGGGGAAAAGCUCCAGUAUGUCCCAAGACCACUUAGAUGAAUGUAUACUGGAGUCGGAUCUCAUCCAAGAAAGCAUUGAUACGAUCCUGGUAGAGUAGUUCUCCCCCAUGUAGCCUUUAGGUGCUGAAACUGGGUAUUUUGGCAUUUCCCACCUAGUGAGCAGCUGCUCUCUGGAGCUGAUUUCCUUCAAGCACCAUUCCCAUUGCCUCUGAGAUAAUUGUGAAAAACUGCGUACUUUGAUUUGUGUACUUGCUUUUUUACUUCUCUAACUUUUAAACUCAAGCUAAUUCCCAUCUAAGUCCUUCUUGGAAGCCUCCGUGUAACUCAGUUACAUUUUUCGUAAAUGUAAACUUACUCCUGCUCGGCUUUACUAGAGUUAAGAUUGUAUUGCUGGGUGUGAGGUUUAAACAUCGUCUGACGCACUGCGCGGUGCCUAGGACUGUUUGUAUCCUGUAGAAUGUGCUCUUCUGAAACUAGAUGGAGGGAAAUGUAGAAGGAAUACGUAUUGUGUUUCCCAAGCAGUUUGUUUUUAAUUAAAAUAAAUAUCUCAAGGAGAU